AUGCAGAAUGAUCUAAAUCUAUCUUUGAGUUCCGCACAAAAUAAAUAAACAAUAAUGGUCAUUGGAUUACAACAAGCUGGAAAGACUACACUUGUUUAGAAAUUUGCAGCUAUAAAUUAAAAGCUAUUUUAAGAAUCAAAGAUUUCAGAUUACGAUAUUGAAUUAAUAGAUACACCAUCAUAUGAUUCUUUCUUCACAUUAUUACCUUUUAGGGAUCCAAAAGUGACAGCAUAUAUCAUUAUAUUUUGUGAGUAAAAUACAGACAUUAUGAAAUCUAUCAAGUAAAUUAGAAAAAAGUUAUUUACAAUAAAUGGACAGCAUAAAAGGACUAUAAUACUUUUAAAUGAAUUUGCAUAUGAUAAUUAGUCUUCUGAAAUUUAAGAUGAAAUUAUGAAUAUAAAGUAAUGGUGUAAACAAUAGGAUAUUGUAUUUUCCUAGUUAGAUGUAAGAAGAGCAUCAUCUAAAGAAAUAGGUAUAAUUAAUUCUUAUUAAGUCAAUAUAUUUGAAAGGAUGUAUAUGAAAAGAAUACGAACUACUUUGACAUAGAAAAUAUUUAUCAUUCUGUAAUCUGUAAUUGCAAUAUUUGUAUUUCUAUUUGCUCUUUGGUUGUCUAUUAAGGAUCCAUCUUUAAUUGUAUUAUAUAAUAAUUUUUGUUUUAGAUAAGUAAUACUUCAUUGGAGAUUUACUGCUUAGCAUUGCUAUGUUUAGGAAUUUCACAUAUUUUCAUUCCAUAUUUUUGUAUUAUAUCAAUAGUAUUUUUAGUGAAAACAGGAAUAAAGGAUUCAAAUACUUAAUGCAUUAAUAGAGUAAACAACAUUUAGUUAGUAAGUCCAAAAUUUUCAGUUGUUUAGUUACUGUUAUCUCAGUAAUAACCCUGAUUAUUGCCUCCAUGUUUUUCUAGUUGCUAUCCUGCCUAAUAAUGUCUAUACUUUUCACGCUUAAUUCAGUUCUUUGCUUAUUUUUUAC